AAAAUCAUACCAAACAAAUUAUUGAACUCGAGUUCGUCAUCUUCUUCAAUCAGCUGGCUUGUUCUUCUGGAAUUAUUGAGAAGGAAGUGAUUGUAGUUCAGCAGGGCAAUACAUCGGGGAGUACUGCAAUGGCUAAGGGAACUGGAUGUCUGAAUUCUUGGGUUGAAGUUGCUCCAGCAGUUCUAAUUUCGCAACCCAAAACUUCAAUUUCUCCUGCCUUGGAAACCAUCAAGGAAGAGGAGUCCGAGGAAUUAGAUCAAGACUUGCAGGAAUUUUGACGGUACUCAACAACCAUUUCCUAAAGCCUCUGGUUCUGAUGUACUCAUAAAGCUAUGUGCCUGAAUCUGAGGCUCUUUUGUCUUCAAUUUUUUUCCAGAGGAACGACGUCUCUGUAACAAACAAUAGAAUUCUUGCAAUUACCUUUUUUAUUCAGAUGCAAAUAAAUGGAAAUUUAAUUUUAUGCAAUUUAAUUUGUGAACGGUGGGAUGAUGAUUGACUCUUUCUUGAGAGAUUUUUAUAAAUUCUUUUAAAAUAA